AUGCGCGGUUAUCCGUGUCCGGUUUCCACCAGGGCGCCCGGUGUGUGCUCCUCGCCCCGCACCUGCCGGUCGCCCCGUCUGCGGCUCGCCUGCGUGCGGGCGAGGUUCGCUUUUGUUGCUUCUCGGCGAGGGCGCAUCUCUACCUGCCCUCAAGCGGACUGGGUUACGCGCACAGACCCUCGGGGCACUGACGACAAUGAUCGUGUGAAGCGAGGAAAAUCAGCAGCUCGCGCUGGGGGGUCAUUCAUUUGCAAAGAGCCUCAUGAUAAGAGAGGAAUUCCAUUGAGACCUCUAAAGAAAGAAACAAAAGGGCAUAACCUGACCAACUUAAAGCGGGAAUUAGAGGACAUAAAUCUCGAUGGUUGAAAGAGGGUCCUUAGCAUCUGCCUCUGAGGAAGAAAUUUCUUCUGCAAAAUGCGGAAUUAAUAAAAGCAUGCCAUUUUGCGUUUAUGCAACUAAUUUGAAAAACAAAUAAGAUCUGUAUUUGAGCAUCAUUUGACCUUGUGAUAUCCCAUUAAAAGAAUAACGUACUUGAAGUUGUACGAAAUAUAUCUGUGUAAAUUAGCUUAAUUUACAGAGAGAAUACACUAGGAUGUUCAACUUUGUAUGCCAACUAAAUUCAAUGGAAUUGAUAUAUUCAUGAAGAAAAGUAUUUUUACAGAACCGUUUUCAACUAUAAUUAAAUUGCAUAUAAAUUAAUCAUAAGAAGAGUUUUGUAUUGUGUAUAUUAAUUAACUAUGUUUAUUUAUGUAAUAAAGAAAUAUGACAAUCUAGGUCACUAUUACUUUUUAUUUUCUCAGAUUCACUCUUUACUAUUAUAAAGCACUAAUUUACAAGCUCACUGUAUUGUUUGUUUUUGCAAGUAAUCCAUGAUUGCGCUAUGUUGUACUACUAUGUAGAAAGUUG